CUAUUUCAUUGCGCUUCCCAAAGUGCUGACAACCUCGAUGAAUCGGAGCUCCCACAGUGGGACAAUAAUCCCCCCUAUGCUAUGCCUCCUCCAUCCGACACUCCAGCAGAGGUUCGAUUCACAGAAAACCUUGUGCAGGUCAUGCACGGCCGUAACUCACACUUAGAGAAGGAG